AUGUCAUUCGAAAAACUUCUGAUGAGUCUUCCCGGACACACGGAAUGCGCCUGUUUACCGCUUUGCGUUGAUUGUCAGAAUCGGGUGGAUGAUUGUGUAAGUGGAAGAACCGCCCGUAGCGAAGAUAUGAAGGCGAAUUUUGGGAAAAAAGAGGGAGAAUACUCGAGAUUAGUGAGCAAAUCGAGCAGUAAACUGCUGAAUUCGUUGUGGGAACGGAAACAAAUUCCAGAAGAAGGAUGGACAGAGCACACUCUAGACCUUUUUCUGUCAUGGUUGUCAUCUCAUGACACCAAUAAUCGCGUGGAUAUGAUCCCAGUCGGAGCCGGCGAGCGAGAAGGGAGAGUGUUGACUCCGCUAGUUCAGCGGUUGCAUUCAAAUCUAACACAUGGAAUCGGUCGGAGCGGGAACCUUCUGGAAAUCCAGCCGAAAGCGCUGGGCUCCUCGAUGUUGGCGUGUCUUUCAAAUGAAUUUGGAAAGCAUGCGCUUCAUUUGCUAGGCCUCCACUCUGUCAAAUCCUGUAUCGUCGUCCCAUUAUGCACUGGAAUGUCACUAUCCCUCUGCAUGACCUCCUGGCGCCGACGCCGUCCGAAAGCGAAAUACGUCGUUUGGCUGCGAAUCGAUCAGAAGUCAUCACUCAAAAGUAUCUAUCACGCUGGCUUCGAACCGAUCAUCGUGGAGCCAACACGCGAUCGUGACGCCCUGAUAACCGACGUGGAAACGGUGAAUCGGAUUGUCGAACAACGCGGGGAGGAGAUUCUUUGCGUGAUGACGACGACUUCUUGCUUCGCUCCGAGGUCUCCAGAUAAUAUUGAAGCGAUCUCAGCGAUUUGCGCGGCUCAUGAUGUCCCGCAUCUUGUAAAUAAUGCUUAUGGACUGCAGAGCGAGGAGACGAUUCGAAAAAUCGCGGCGGCGAAUGAAUGUGGGCGUGUCGAUGCGUUCGUUCAGUCACUGGAUAAAAAUUUUCAAGUUCCUGUGGGCGGAGCUCUGAUUGCAGCAUUCAAACAGAAUCAUAUUCAAUCGAUUGCUCAGGCUUAUCCGGGAAGAGCGUCGUCAGUUCCAUCUAGAGAUUUAGUGUUGACACUACUCUAUCAAGGACAGACAGCGUUUUUGGAGCCGUUUAGCAAGCAGAAACAAAUGUUCCUGAAAAUGCGACGAAAACUCAUCUCAUUCGCUGAAAAUAUCGGAGAAUGUGUGUAUGAUGUGCCGGAAAAUGAGAUUAGCCUGGCGAUGACGCUGUCGACGAUCCCACCUGCGAAGCAGACACUCUUCGGAUCUGUUCUUUUCGCUAGGGGGAUAACGGGCGCGAGAGUUGUCACCUCGUCCCAAUCGAAAACCACAAUCGAAGGGUGCGAAUUCGUGAAUUUCGGCUCUCACAGCGCAGAGCAACACGGUGGAUAUCUCAAUAUCGCAUGCUCCAUCGGAAUGACUGAGCACGAAUUGGAGGAACUUUUCACUCGUCUCACCUCGAGUUAUGCGAAAUUUGUGAGGCAACUGGCAAAAGGAGGAGACGAGAGAGGAGGAUCUUCUGGCACCCGACGACUACCGAUUAAUGAAUCGUUUGAUAUGGAGAAUGAUUGA